AUGGCCUUGAAGAAUCUAAACGAAUACCUGUCCCUCAUCCCCGUGGUACGGCAGUGCCCCGGAGGCAGCCUCUGGUCCUCUUAUGACGAGGAAGGCGAUGUUCUGUACGUUAAUUUCCGGGAAUCGGUUCCCGCUACCGAUAGCGAACUGACCGACGAUGACAUCAUCCUCCGUUAUGACGGCGACGACCUCGUCGGCAUCACCAUUCUGCACGCCAGCAAGCGGUGA